CACAUUAUUUGGGUAGGUCCUUUUUGGAUAUAUAUUGCCCUGCUGGAGCUGUUGCUCAUCCAUCUAAACGCCAUGCCUCUCGCAGAACAGUUGUCUGAUACCACAGCCAUCCAUGCUACCGAUGAUGAUCCAACAUCUGCUGACAGUGACCAGCUCGACAUGAGAUCACUUUUUGACUUUGAGUCUUUGUUUGAUGAUUUUUCUACCCCAUUCUCACCGACCGUGCUCUUCUAUCAUCCCUACAAUGAUCUACACACCCUCGAAGUCGGAAUCAUUGGAGUCCUACGCAUCCCCGGACUCUACGAAUACGCAAUCCAGCUGGAAUAUACCCCUGAACAGCGGCUCUGGCUUGCCAAAGCACAUCUGGCAUGAAUGGUUCAUCGAAUGGCCCAUUGAACGUGGUGCUACACAAACGGCCAAGGAGUACAAGCAGAUGAGGGCAGAUCAGGAACAAAGGAAAAUUGAAAUCUUUACUUUGUAUAUUAUGGGCCUCAAGAAUCGCUGGGUUGAGAACGGCCCGCCGCCUGAAAAUUGGACCCUGGCAGGAGUGUUCACAAAGCUCGAUGAGCUCGAGGAUAUGAUCACGCGACAGUUCAAGGAAGUUGAACAUUAUUUUGUGGAGGUGGAGGAGCGCUGGAAUCUAGAGGAUCUACAUAUCUAG